CCUGGAGCAGCUGAUCUCACCCGUGGCCUUCCCGGCCAACAGCAGCCUGGACCCAUGUGCAAAAGAGACUGUGCUGAAUGCCAUCAAGGAGAGCAGGAAGAGGGCUGUGGAGGAGGAAGAGGAGGAGGACGACCAGGCGUUUGGGAAUGAUCAGGAGAGCAAGAGAAGGCGCCACGAUAGCAGUGGAAGUGGGCAGUCGGCGUUUGAGCCGCUGGUAGCCAACGGUGCCCCUGCCUCUCUCAUACCCAAGCCUGGCUCUCUGAAGAGGGGCCUUGUCUCACACUGCCCAGAUGACUGCUCAAACAAGAGGUCACGCACCUCUUCCAUGAGCUCCCUCAACAAUACGUAUGCUGGUGGGAUCCCCAGCUCCAUCCGCAACGCCAUUGCCAGCUCCUACAGCUCCAGCCGGGGCCUCUCACAGCUGUGGAAGAGAAGUGGCGUGAGCAUAUCUCCGCUGUCCAGCCCAGCGUCCUCCCGCUCCCAGACACCAGAGUGGCCUCUCAAGAAAGCCAGGGAAGAGGAGUUGCAUCGCUCCAACACUUCCACUCCAGUGAAAUCCGACAAGGAGCUGCAGACAGAGAAAGUGGUGGAGACGCCCAUGCGGAAGAAGCAGAAUUCCCUGAGCCCGCAGUCCAUGUCCGGGAGCAGUGGGAAGCGCAAGCGGAAGAUCCAGUUACUGUCGUCUCGUCGCGGGGACCAGCUAGCGCUGCCCCCGCCACCUCAGCUGGGCUACUCCAUCACAUCGGAGGACCUGGAUGCGGAGAAGGCGGCAGCAUUGCAGUGGUUCAACAAAGCCUUGGAGGAUAAGGCUGAUGCCGUCCCCAGCACCACUGCAGAGACUACAUCUGUGUCCAGGCCGCUGGCAUUUGCCAUGACCUCCCCAGGGCCUGCGUCUGCCUCAACAGCUCCUGCCGCAGCCAGCACCAAUGCGCUGCUGGACAGCUUGAAGAAGAUGCAGAGUGGCCAGGCUCUCUCUCCCCCUUAUCCAGACUCAGCUGGAGCUGCAGCCCCCAGCAGCCUGGCACCUCCUGCGUUCACGGAGCUGGGCCAGACCCCCAGCAAGCCCCCCUCCUUCCCGAAGCCAAGCAUCCUUUUCGGGAUGCUGAACACCCCUCCUGCCAGCCAGCCGGCAAUGACUGCGGCUCCUGCUGUGCCCGGCACAACUGCUGCUGUGCCCACCACGACCGCUGCUGUGCCCACCACGACCCCUGUCUUCAAACCCAUCUUUGGCGCUUUGCCGAAAAGUGAGAGCACAGCACCCUGUACGGCUGUUGUCUCUGCUGUGGUCACUGUGUCUGCAAGCUCAGGCCCUUCCUUGACAUCCUCUACCACCACCAUGUUCAAGCCUAUCUUCGGCAGCAUCACCACAGCUUCAUCUCCAGCGAAGGCCUCUCCUUUCGCCUUCAAGCCAACGUCACAGCCGGCCUUGGCCACAGAUCUGCCAGCAGCCUCCACGACUACGCUGGCAGGAUUCACAGGUCUCCCUAAUGUUAUCUUCACCACCGCAGCUACAACUGCCACCACUCAGAGUUCCUCCACAGAUGCCACCAUUAAACCCGUCUUCAGCUUUGGACUCAACCCGCCCACCUCCACCAGCCCCACCACCAACCUGACCAUCACCACUGCCACAUCCACCAGCACGUCGCAGCCCUUCCUGUUUGGGGGCCCAGCCAGCUCCGCUCCCAGCACAGAAACCAGCUUUGCCACCCCAGGGCCCGUGUUCCAGUUCGGAAAGCCACCUUCAGCCACGGUCACUGCCACCACCAGUGUCCCAGGAGGCCCUCCCUUUGGCCAAGCACCUUCAAACUCGACGGCUCCUACCACCACUGUGGGCUUUAGCAUAUUUGGGGGCACCACGCUGACCUCUUCUACCCCAGCCACCACAGGUCAAACGACACUGACAUUUGGCUCCUCCGUUUCAGCUUUUGGCAGUUCCUUCAGCACAGGCACGAAGCCACCACCGCCGUAUCCCAGUGCAGCGAGCCAGCCCACCUUCAGCACGAGUGCUGCAGAGACCCAGCUGCCUGCCAGCAAGCCUGCUGCUGGCCCCGUCAGCUUUGGCCCCCCAUUCAGUUUUGGAGCACCCACAGCCCAGUCCACUGCUCAGCCGGCAUUUGGCAGUGGUGCUCAGCCAGCCUUUGGCACAACCAGUGCCCAGGGCUCCUUUGGCACCAGCAGCACCCAGGCAGCAUUUGGGACCACCACUUCGGUCUUCUCUUUUGGGACAGCCACCUCCACUACUGCCAGCUUUGGUUCCACCACCCAGACCACAAGCAGCAGCACCGGCACCGCCAUCUUUGGCACCACUCCUUCUCCUUUCUCCUUUGGGGCGACCACCCAGCCAGGCCCCUCUGCCAGUGGCUUUGGAAUUGGCACUCCUGCCCUGAGCAGUGGCUCUCCCAGCGUGGCAUUCAGCUUUGGGGCUGGGCAGAGUGGGGCAGCCCCGGCAGCAACGCCGUUCGGCUCUUCCCUGACGCAGAGUGCAUUGGGUGCGCAGAAUCAGAGCACGCCCUUCGCCUUCACUGUGCCCAGCACACCCAACAACAAGCCCGUGUUCGGAGGAACUCCUGCGCCCACCUUCGGGCAAAGCACACCCGUCCCGGGUGCAGUGGGGAGUGGAAGCAGUAGCCUUUCCUUUGGGACACCCAGCACUCCUGCCUCGGGCUUCGGAGGAGUUGGCGCUUCCUUCGGUUCGUCCACCCCCGCCUUCUCCAUCGGGGCAGGAUCCAAGACGGGCGCUCGCCAGCGGCUGCAAGCGCGGAGACAGCACACCCGCAAAAAGUAA